UGCAGUUUUCUUGUUGUUAGUGCUGGAGCUGCUUCUGUUACUCAGAGAAUAUGUAUUUUUUAUUUUGAAUCAGACAGAGAGAGACGUGUACAAUGGGGAAAAAACACAAAAAAUACAAACCCGAAUGGAGAACAGUAGAUGGGGACUAUGAGGACAAGCCCCUGGAUAAGCCUCUGAAACUCGUGCUGAAGGUCGGCGGCAGUGAGGUCACCGAGCUGUCCGGCUCGGGCCACGACUCCAGCUACUAUGAUGAUCGCUCUGACCAUGAGCGGGAGCGGCACAAAGAGAAGAAAAAGAAAAAGAAGAAAAAAUCUGAAAAAGAGAAAGACAAGCACCUGGACGAUGAAGAAAGAAGAAGAAGAAAGGAAGAGAAGAAGAAAAAACGUGAGCGAGAACAGCUAGAGAAUGCAGCCAACCCACCAGUGGAACCGUUCACUCUGUCCAAGCCUGUAGAGGUGGUGGUGGUAGAGGAGAGGAAGAGGAAGAGGGACAGGGAGAAGUUCGAGGUGGAGGCAGAGGCCGACGACUUCCACCCCAGUGGUAAAGUGGAGGUGGACACCCAGGCCGACCGGCCCGUUAGAGCCUGCCGCACUCAGCAGGAAAAUGAAUGCACACCCCGGCAGCAGCUCCUCGAGCACUUUCUGCGCCUGCUUCAGAGGAAAGACCCUCAUGGUUUCUUCGCCUUCCCUGUGACGGAUGCCAUUGCACCGGGCUACUCCAUGAUCAUUAAGCACCCUAUGGACUUCAGCACCAUGAAGGAGAAGAUCACGACAAAUGAAUACAAAACAGUAACAGAAUUCAAGGCGGACUUCAAGCUGAUGUGUGACAAUGCCAUGGUGUAUAACCGACCUGAGACAGUCUACUACAAAGCUGCAAAGAAACUUCUGCACACUGGCUUCAAAAUGAUGAGCAAAGAGCGGCUCUUAGCUCUGAAGCGCAGCAUGUCUUUGAUGCACGACAUGGAUUUCUCUCAGCAGGCCGCCAUUCUGGGCGACGAGGACGUGGCCGGCGACGAGCCCCUGCCCGAGGUCGCCCCCGUCCACGUUGAGUCAGCCAAAAAGUCCAAAAGGCAGCCAGUGAAGGAGCCCAUGAUCAGUGACCUCUAUGAACUGGAGGGAAAUGCAUGCAGCCUAACGGACAGCACAGCGGAGGAGCAUGUCUUGGCCCUGGUGGAGCACGCAGCAGACGAGGCACGCGACCGUAUCAACCGCUUCAUGCCAAAUUCAAAGAUAGGGUAUCUUAAGAAGGAACCAGAGGGAGCGCUGAUUUAUACUGUAGUCAAUCCGCAAGACCCAGAGACAGAAGAGGAAGAGACCCAUCCUGUAGAUUUAAGCUCUCUGUCAAAUAAACUCUUACCUGGCCUCACUCCAUUGGGGUUUAAAGAUGACCGGAGAUACAAGGUAACCUUCUUGAGUAGUGCCUACAACACUCAGACGCUCCAAAACAACUCUGUCUACCCAGACCUGCUUCCAGAAGAGAUGGAGAUGCUCUACUCUGCCUACGGAGAUGACACGGGCGUGCAGUGUGCCCUCAGUCUCCAAGAGUUUGUAAAGGACUGUGGUAGUUUUACCAAAAGGCUUGUGGACGAUCUGUUGGAUAAAAUGACGGGUGGAGAUCAUUCCAAAGCCGUCUUCCAAAUCCGACAGAAAAGGAACAUGCCAGUGGAUGAAGCCAAGUCCGCCUUGUGUGAUAUGCAGGCUGCAGAUGGAGCAGUAAUGGAUAGUGGCUCAGUGCUGGACUUCAUGAGCCUGAAGAGCUACCCAGACAUAUCUCUGGACAUGCUCAACCCUUUGGCAGGCAAACCAGUGAAGAAGGAGCCAGAACACGAGGAGAGCCAUGCACACUUUGAUGACACAGCCAAGCUAUUGCAGGAGUUCCAGGAGGCAGCAGUGGAGAGGGUCUGCUCCCGGCCCUCCUCCAACCUCUCGUCUCUCUCCAACGCCUCCGACAGAGAGCAGCACCAUUUAGGGAGCCCAUCUCACCUGGGCGUUGGAGACCAGUCGGAGAUGGUUCACGACCCAUAUGAGUUCCUGCAGUCUCCAGAACCCGGUUCCACGGCCAAUAGCUGAUGUGUGCUGUGCUUCACACACACCAGACCAAUAGCCUUAAUGACCACAUGUAAAUGGACUGAUUCAGUGCUGUAUCAUUGUGCUUGUGCCUAUGAGCUUGUACAGACUAGUUGCAUCACUUGUCAAUUUUCACAAUAAAUGCUCCUCAAAGAGGG